AACGAAGCUCCGCUGCUGUUCAGCCAAUCACAAACGGGCGUCGCAGAGUUCUGUGGUUUUCCAGCUGAAGGAUAAAUCCGGCAGAAAUCAGACAGUCCUCCUCAUCAUGGCGUCCGGCGCCCUGUUCCCCAGCCUGGUGUCCGGCUCCCGCGGCUCCUCCAGCAAAUACCUGGUGGAGUUUCGGGCCGGUAAGAUGACGAUGAAGGGCAGCACGGUGACCCCCGACAAGCGUAAAGGUCAGGUCUACAUCCAGCAGACGGAUGACUCCCUCAUCCACUUCUGCUGGAAGGAUCGCACCACCGGGAAUGUGGAUGAUGACCUGAUUAUCUUCCCUGAUGAUUGUGAGUUUAAACGGGUCAACCAGUGCACCACCGGGCGGGUUUAUGUGCUGAAGUUUAAAGCCGGCUCUAAAAGACUCUUCUUCUGGAUGCAGGAACCAAAGAACGAUAAGGAUGACGAGUACUGCCGCAAAGUGAACGAGUACCUGAACAACCCGCCCAUCCCAGGCUCCCUGGGCAGCGGCGGCAGUGGAGGACACGACCUGUCUGCACUGGGAGGUGAGGGUGGUCUGCAGAGCCUUCUGGGCAACAUGAGUCACAACCAGCUCAUGCAGCUCAUCGGACCCACUGGACUGGGCGGGAUCGGCGGUCUGGGGGCUCUGGCCGGGCCGGGCUUGGCCAACCUCCUGGGCAGCAGCAGCAGCAGCAGCGUUCCUGCAGUCAGCAACUCCACCACCAGUCCGUCCACCGCCGUCACGCCGACCUCCACCUCCACCGCCAGCCGGCUGGGCUCCACCCAGGUGCCCACCACUCCCAUCACCCCCCUGGCCACGUCUUCACCCUCCCCCACGGCCUCCACCCUCUCCAUCCCGGCUGCCACCGCUGCUGCAGCCGCAGCCAAUCCAACGCAGCCUAUCCAGCUCAGAGACCUGCAGAGCAUCCUGGCCACCAUGAACGUCCCGGCCAGCAGCCAGGGAGUGGACCUGGCUAGUGUGUUGACCCCUGAGGUCAUGGCUCCCAUCCUGGCCAACCCGGAGGUGCAGCAGAGGCUGACGCCCUACCUCCCGUCCGGCGAGUCUCUGCCGCAGAGCUCGGAGGAGCUGCACAACACGCUCAGCUCGCCUCAGUUCCAGCAGGCCAUGAGCAUGUUCAGCAGCGCUCUGGCGUCCGGCCAGUUGGGGCCUCUGAUGAACCAGUUUGGUCUCCCAGCUGAGGCUGUAGAUGCUGCCAAUAAAGGAGAUGUGGAGGCUUUUGCCAAAGCCAUGGAGACGGAGACAAAGUCAGACCAGGAGAGCGACUCCAAAGACAAGAAGGACGACGACGAAGACAUGAGUUUGGACUAAAUGCUCUUUCCAGAAAGUUAACGCUAUUUAUACCUAUUUAUUUACCUGUUCCUGCUUAGUUUCUGUUACUUAAAGACCUGAUGUGGUAACUUGCUCCAGUCUCAGCUGAUCUCAUCUGUAGACAUGACUCCAUGUUGACUCAUCCUUAUCCCAGGAGGCAGUAAAGUCUAAAUCAAAACUU